AUGUCUACCCUCGAUCUUAUCACCAAAUACGCUGAAACAGCUCUAUCCCAUCUCCCAGAGCCUACCCAACAUCUGUUCCGCAACCCAACAACCCAAAAGGCUCUCGGUGUUCUCGCCGGCCUUGUCCUCCUCCGCGCCACAAACCGCUUCCUUUCAAAACGCUCCUUGCAAAACUGGACCUCCAACCAACCAUGGAUCCCAGCCCAUGAGCUCAUCUUGCUUACCGGCGGCUGCAGUGGGAUCGGCAAGCAAGUUAUGGAAGAUCUAGCGCGCACAGGCGUGCGUGUAGUCAUCCUCGACAUCAAUGAGCCGACUUUCACCCUUCCCGCCAACGUCUCUUUCUAUAAGGCGAAUAUCACUUCCUCGGCUGAUAUCGCGGAAGUUGCGCGCACAAUCCGGGACAAUCAUGGCGAGCCCACGGUCUUGAUUAACAAUGCCGGUGUGGGCCACGAGGGGACUAUCUUAGAUGAGCCUGAGGAGAAGAUCCGGCAGACAUUCGAGGUCAAUACCCUCUCCCAUUUCCUGAUGGUGAAGGAGUUCGUGCCAGCUAUGGUGAAGGCAAACCAUGGUCAUAUCAUUACAAUUGCUAGUAUGGCAAGCUUUGUGGCACUCGGCGAGAUGGUGGAUUAUUGUUGCUCCAAAGUUAGUGCGCUUGCGUUCCACGAGGGACUGCGUCAGGAAUUGAAGUAUUGGUACAAUGCGCCGAAUGUGCGCACCAGUGUUAUUCACCCCAUGUGGGUGCGUACACCCAUGAUCAAGGUCGUGUCGGAUGCUAUCUGCAAACAGAUCUUGACUCAGAGUAGUGGCCAGAUUAUCUUGCCUGCUAGUCAGUCGGGCGCUAGUUUGGUGCGUGCUAUGCCGACCUGGAUGCAGGAGGGUGUGCGCACUUUUGCGUCGAGUGCGUUUGUUAAGAUGCGCGCUGCGCAGCAAGUGCAGAAGGCGUAG